AUGAUGCUCCACGCGCUCCUCGCGCUCGCCCUCGGCGCCGGCGUGCGCGCGCAGGAAGACUUCAAGCCCGACACGCGCUUCAACGUGACCUACCCCGCGACCUGGGGGCAGGUGCACUACACAUCGGGCGGCUCGGGGCGGGCGUGCGUCCCUUCCUUCCCGAGCUUGACGCAGUGGGCGACCCCUCCGGCCAGUGAACUCCUCUACCCCCGAGUAUCCUGCCCCGGCAGCCUUUCGCCAAACGUCCAGUUCAUCUUCCCCCUGACGCGUGUAAAGUUCCACGGAUACCUCGAAAAUGCGUCGGCGGCGGAUACACUGCAGCUCCGGAUCGACGGACGGAUCGUCGCGUCCCAGCCGAGCUCGGAACCGGGCGUCCUCGUUGAAAGCCCCGAGCUGCUCUGGGGCAGUCACCGCGUGAUGCUCGACGUGUUUGGCGGCAACGCGACCGUGCAUAUCGAGAACAUCACGGUCACGACGGGGAGUAUGGGCGAGCACGGGAAGGAGAACAGGCAGGAUUACAGCGUGAUCACCGAUGGACGCCUGAACACGAAGCAGUUCGGGUUCGAAGGAGAGUGGAACGUCACCGACGUGCUCGAGAACACGAACCGGUCGAUCGCAACGACGAGCGACAUAGCCUACGCGCAAGCGAUCGGCAGCCGUCUCUCCCGCCUCGCCCUCAACGUGCCCGCCAACACCUCGUUCCUGCAAGUCAUGGGCAGCGUCUCGCCAUGGGGCAAGUUCUUCACGAUCGACUGCACCCCGCUGCCGCCGCUCAUGCUACAGGGGGAUCUGGCCUACGACGGCGACUCGCCGUUCGAGAUCCCCGCCGUCUUGUUCGCGAUCCCCCUCGAUCCGGCGGUCAAGUACAACGCCUCGCUCGUCGUCGGCGACGACCCCGUCGCGAUGCAGCUUGGCGUAUCGAGUGUGGCGUUCUGGAACGGAACAUCGAACGACACGACUCCCACCCCGGGCCCGAGCCCGACCCCAAGCGCGACGGGCACGCCGUACCACCCCCAUCCGGAGAAGGGGACGAAUGUCGGCGCCAUCGUCGGCGGCGUAGUCGGCGGCGUCGGGGGCGCGAUUGUGCUCGCGCUCGUCGGAUUCCUGUUCUAUCGGCUGGGGAAGAAACGCUCCCAGCGGAAGGGCGGGUAUGCGCCGCAGGCGUCCGAGAAUGGGGAUCGGUUCGAGGUCGACGACAGCGCUACUGCUACUCCCUAUAUCGACUCUAUGCCGCUUACUGCCGCUGCUGCUGGGGCCGGGACAGGACGCGUGACGCAGGGCGGGAGUGCACAGGUUGGCGGCCCGCAGACAAGUGGACGGCCAGUGCUCCCCCCGCUAGUCACGGAGACGAAGCACGCCCUCGACUCGCCCGCGACGACGAGCAGCAGCGCCUUCCUCACCCCCGGCGCGCAGACGCGGCACAGCGACAUGCUUCUCUCCCCUGGUGGCGAGAGCUGGACCAAUAUGUCGAGCCACACGUUUGGGCCGCGCACCGAGUCCUCUGUCCCCCUCACCCCGCUCGAAAGGGAGAUCAAGGCUACGAUUCCUGCCUCGUCCAUUCCUCCGUCCCCCGUCACGCCUGCGACGGGGACGAUGGGGGGUAUGGGGGGUAUGGGGAGUAUGGGGAGUAUGGGUACUUUCGGGCUCGGGGCUGUGGACGAGCAGAGGGCUGGAGGUGAAGUGGGUGCCGGGGCAAGGGGGGAGGGGAAGACCCGCCCGCCGCCGGCGGAGAGGACACGGAGACCCCGGAGGGUCGCGCAGGAGGAAGAUGCGGGCAGGAUGGAGGAGGAUCUCGAGCUUGUCCCGCCAUCCUACAAUCCGGAAUGGGCCCGGGAACGGCAGUCGGCGCAGCCGCCUCCGCCUCAUACGCCGACGGAUGGCAACCCGCCACACGCGCUGUGA